AUGGCCUUCGACCCAUCGACCCCGUUUGCACCUGCAAGCGAAUUCGACUACUAUCGCCAGCUCAAUUUCGGGACUACCUUGCCCUACCGCCGCGAAAAUGGUCGUCACUCUAUUACUUCCCGCCUAGCUCAUCCCAUCCGGGUUGCAGGCAGUGAUCCCUGGUCGUACAGCAAAGCUUUGCAAAUUGCCCUUGAGCCGCGGUCGUUCAAUGAGCUCAACGGCCAGCGCGAAUGCUUGCUCGAGGCACUCAAUUUAGAGAGCGAACGUGUCCUGAAACUUUUCCGUGAAUGGGCAACCUUUGACGACAUGGUCCAACUCAGCGAGGGGAUCAGACUGCGGGAAAUUAAGAAAUCUCGUUCAUGGUGUAGGAAGCAGAUUGCUGAGAGCAUCGAAGAAGAAAAGGCUAUCCUCUUGCGCCUGAGCGACAUCCACAUUGAGAUCCAAAGCCGAGAACGGUGGUGUACUGUUUGGAAAGAGCGGAGCGAACCUGGUAUUGAAUACCUGCGACAGACCUGGCACCAUGGAAAUGGUGGGAGGAGAUACGAAGGUCAUCAUGCUACUCAUUCCCCGCUCACGCUGCGGCCUCAUACCUGGCAGCCUGCUAUGUCUCUUCCACUAGGCCUAAUCUCUUCAAACGGAAGUGCACCCGGUUGUGAGGAAGAUGCCUUCACGCGCGGGCAAUACCAAAAACAGCAUUCCCCCGAUUACCAGCAGGAUGCCGUGGCGCUAACAGCAAACCCAAUGGUCACGGUGGCGAUGGGCUCUAACCCUGCUGCAUUGCAUGACAAAUCGAAGACGAACAAAUUCCAAUACUUCAUUUCCAAGGCAUCAGAAUCUUCGCCAAGCGAUAUCUCCACAAUUCAGCCGACUCGGAAGAGAAACAGCAUGCCAGAGCUGAUGUACGUCUGGACCGAUGAGUCUGUGGGUGAGGAAGGCCACAAGUGUCUUGGAUACGCGGGCGGAGAGAAAAAUAGACUAUCAGGCGCUUGA